AUGCAUGGCCAGGAGACCAUCCAAGCACCUACAGACUUAGCAGACAGCCCCAGCAUAUCUUCCAAGGAAGAAACCUCAGCAGCAGACUCAGGUGAGCAGCUAAGUGACCAAGUCUCUCCCCCUUGGUUAACAGAACAGUAUCUUUUUGCCUGGUUCACAGCUUAGAACCCUAGAAACUGAACCCAGUAACCCCAGGUUAUUAGAUACCCACUGCAGGUUUGAAUUUGAUUAUGGAUACUCAUGGUAUCAGCAUCUCCCUGGUAUUCAGCUUCAUGGUUUUUCUGCCAGUGUCAGCCCCAGGGCCCUUGGGCAAGACACCUUCCAUGGUCCCCUUUCCUUCAGUGGGUCUACCUCCUGAAUGCAACAAGUUCAAGGUGCGUUGUCAGUUUGGUUCAGUCCCCAGUGUCUCUGGGUAGAUCUGGGAAUAUCACCUGCCCGAAACCCUGGAGAGUUACUGUCAGCCAGUUCAGACUACAAAUGAAAAUGCUGUGGCCCUCCAGAUCUUGUUGGACUACAGCUUCCAUCAGCCCCAGCAAGCAUGGCUAAUAUCCUCCCCAUACUGAGCCAGAUACUGACUCGGUUUAAGGCCCUAUACUCCAAAUGCCCUACCAUGCUAAUCCUUGAUGCUGACCCUGUCUUUGCUCUGCUGCUGCCAUCUCUAUGCCUAUAUUCACAGGUGAAUAAAGGAAAUGAAGUCUGUUGCUUAUCUUAGUGUCUUUCUGGCUGGCUUCCUGGUUUCAAGUCCCUUAGUGGAAGGUGAGUUUCUCCUGCCAACAGAGUGGAAGUUCUCUUGUGAUGGGACACUUCCUCAGAGCCAAAAGAUGUCAGACUCUCCUUGGGCCUCUUCAAAAAAAGAAGAAGUAUGAAUUGUAUCAGGGUCCUUGCUGUUUGCAGGAAAUACCCCCCGUGAAAUACCUUUGUUCUCUCCCCCCCCCGGGUCACCCCUCCUAGCAGUGCCCCUGGUGCCAAUUAAAGAAGCAAGGGGCGCUGAGUGCCUGUGGUUUGGAAAGCAAACUUCUCUCCGUCCUUGUCUCACUCCUCACAAUCAUUCCUGUUUUUCUUGUCUCUCUCCUGAGCAGUGAAAGCUGACACCUGUGCCAGAGAGUGGCUGCAAUACCAGGGCAAUUGCUAUGGCUAUUUUGAGACUCAGAUGACCUGGCAUGAGGCAGAGGUAAGCGGCCAGCUGGUUUUGCCUAAGUUAGGUAAAUGGCUCUCAAGAUAUGGAGGUCCAAAAGGAGGUUCAAUGUUGCUUUUCAUGGUUCUCCAUCCUUAUGGCAGCCGGAAGAAUCCCAGGAGACAGCCAGGAAACAGCUAGCUAAAGACAGGAAAGAAUUACAGUGGUACCUCGGGUUACAAACACUUCCGCUAGCCCGGAAGUAGUACCUCGGGUUAAGAACUUUACCUCAGGAUGAGAACAGAAAUUUUGCGGCGGCGGUGCAGCGGCAUUGGGAGGCCCCAUUACCUAAAGUGGUACCUCAGCUUAUGAAUGGUUUCAGGUUAAGUACAGACCUCUGGAAUGAAUUAAGUUUGUAACCAGAGGUACCACUGUAUUAUCCCUUUGUUUUGUUUUAAUGGGGUGCUGCUGCCUCUGCCAUCCUCCCGACAUCACAGCCCCUAUGUGGCAUGGCUGCUUGUUGUCUCUGGCAGUCUUUCAAACCACCUCUCUCCUCCCUGCAGAUGUGUUUUCCUGAUGGCGGCAGCAGUUAUUCUGGGAGUUGAGCUGAAGCUUGGGUCCAUAUCGUGGUGGGUUGAUGCAAUGUGUGGAUCCCACAGUGCCCAGUGUUGGAAUCUUUAUCACAGUUGGUUUGGGAGGUUUGGCGACGAGCCCUUCCAUACAUCUAGGCCCUUGGCAGGUGUCUGACCUGACACUGUUCUUGAGGCAAUCUUGUGAAGCUGUGGAAAAGUCAAGGUUUUCCCUCAGGCUGGGGUGAGGAACCCUUUUCGGACUGAGGGCUGUAUUCCACCCUGGGAACCCCCGGAGGGCCACAUGACAGUGAUGGGCAGGGCCAGAGACAAAAGUGAAUUUUACCUUUGUAGUAUUUCUACACACCCUUCUCUAGCCAGGAAAGCAAGUGGUAUUAUCAGAGUUCAAUGAUACAUUCAAGCUAGGAAGAAAACACUUGGGGUGUGAAGUAGGGCCAAUGAGGGUGCUCACCUGGGAAGAGGGCAUGAGGCCUAAGAAUAGUUUUGUGGGCCGGAUAAAGUUUUUAAGGGCCCCCAUUCAACCUCUGGGCCUGAGGUUCUCAACCCUGAAAAGUUCCUUAUUCCAACAGCAGCAUGGAUGCUAUUAGCUCAGAGAUGGAUAGAAGACAAAUUCUCUACAAGAGAAGAAUGGCAAAUUAAAUUGUUUCACUAUGCUGAAAUGGCAAAAUCGACCAGAACACUCAAAGCCAAGAAGACCAUAACUUUAAUAAGGAAUGAAAAAAAUUAUAAUUUAUCUUGGGGACCACUGUACACUAAUGAAAACAUUAGCAGGAUUGCAAUAACACUUGUAAUGUAAUGGGUACUAUGGAGAUAAUAGAGCUAAAAAACAACUACAGAACCCUUGCAGGGGAAGGUGGGAAGUCCAGAGAUUUGGGGGAAUCUUUUAAUCGUAGCUGUGUGUUGUAAAAUCAAAUUUCAAAAAUUUCAAAAAAGGAAAGAAAAAGAAAAAGAAAAAUUCCUUGUUCAUCACAAUUCUUCUUGCUUUAAGCCACAUGAUGUCCCACGAAAGAGUAGCAGAAUGUGGAAAAAAACAGCCUUUGUUAUUGUCCUUGUCUAGAUCGAGUGCCAGAGUUACAGGCGUGGGGCUCACCUUGCUUCCCUCCUUACCCCCGCAGAGACCCUCGUGGUAGCCAAUCACAUCGCUGCUUACCAGACUGACAUCAGCAAUGUCUGGAUUGGUUUGCAUGACAUCCGACAUGUGAGUAUCUGGAAACUGCUACAUUUCUGCUCUGCCAGUGUUCUCCAUGGGAAAGGCACCUUCUAACAAACGUUGUUCACAUGGAGUGCCAUUGCAUCCCUAACGUCUUCCUCUCAGCUGUGAAUUUCGGAGGCCACUCCCUGUCAGCCAUAGAGGUUGCCUUGGGUGUUAGUAGUGGAUUUGUAAGGCCUGCCCAAUCAAUUUAGGGCUGUAGACAUCUUAGUUAUGGAACAGGUCCUCCAGUUUUGCAGUGCUAUGUGGACUACCAUGAUGUACAACUGUUAUUUAAUGGUUGAUGGGUUGUUUCUGGGUUGAUAGGCUCCAGGAUGUAGGGCCCAUGAACUGAGGUCAUAGGAGAACCAGUAUCCCUUCACCUCCAAACUUUUUUUUUUUUUUAAAUUAUUAAUAAUUUAUUUACAACAUAGUCCACAACAACUCAUACAUACAAACCCACCACCAUUGACAAUUUAAUUAUCAAAAUUAAACUCCUAUCCCUUUACAUAAAGAAAACAAACAUAAAAAUAAAAGACUUCCUUUAUCCUGUAAAUGGCCUCCUUAUUUACUUCUUGUAUACUGUUUCUUUUAUAUGUGAUUAUUACAAUUUUUCCUAGUUAUGACUUAAAAAAACACAAAGUCUCCUGUAGAAAUUAAUCGAAACAAGUCCGGGUAUAUAUUUUGGGGCACUGUUCUCUGCAUUUCCCCCAUUCUUUUUGAAAUUCUUGUCUGGGUUGUCCCCUUGGUUACUUUCUCUCGUCACUCUACAGAGUGGAAUAUGGAGGUGGUCAGAUGAGUCUACCUACAACUACAAAGCAUGGAUGCCAGGGGCACCCAACAACUUGGGGAAGGAUGAGUAUUGUGUUGAACUGAGGCAUUCUGUGAGAGAGGAAGUUGUUCCUGGUGAUGGCGCACCUGAGCAAAUAGCAGUAGGAGCCCCCAUGGGAAGUGCACAUGAAAUAAGAUGCCAUCCUGAAGAAAGAGUUCGCAGUGAACGUGCAGGUUAA